UACUCGCCUUCAUGCUUCCAGGCUUGUGUGCUUCGGCCUAAAUGCCGAGAAACAACGACCGUGCAGUGGCCAAAGAUGUUUGUACACGCAAUGAUAUUUUUGCAAAAGAUUAUUUAAACUCUUUGCUGAAAGGGUCUUCAAUAACUAUUUCCAAUGUAUAAAUGAACCGGUGAUUUGAAAUGUCUCGUCAAGUGCAAGCGGCACAAUGAAUUCCUAACCUAUCCUGAUUCCUGGAAGACGCUACCUCGGCUAUUUCGUGAUUCUAGGUUAGAAUGGCCGUUGAAUAUUUACCUAUCCGAGUUUUAGGACUCGUGAUAUUAUUCAUAAUACAAGCGAACGCUGACUUCACGGAUAACGGAUCGGUCGUUAACUGCAGGGUUGAUAAACCGCUGCGAAAACAAAUCGAGGUAGAGCCGUUGAAUGGUUCGUGUUUACGUGACAUCGUUAAUCAAGUGUCAAAAACUCUUCGUAACGUCGGUAACGAGGAAUUGGGAAUAACUUCUUUCCAAGAAACCCUCGACCGUCUCGAGUUCAACCGGGUUCGUGAUGAUUUGAAUGUGAAACUCAAAUCCCUUACCAAUAAACUAAACGCUAAGCUACAAUCUUACAUUGAUUUCCUCACAAGGUCUAACGACCUGGUGCAGCCAAUAUUAAAUGCCAAAAGUUCAAACGAAAUUUAUUCAAAUCUACCUCGCUCUUCGAACAUAUGCGAUGAAAUCAAAAGAGUUUUGACGAACUCUGAAUUAAGGCAUCUACACAUCCUACCAACCUCUCAUCCAGGUACAAUAUGCGGACCACCGAGCCUCUCUCAAAACACAGGGCUUUUGUUGUUAUCCCGAUGCAAAAACCCCAAGAAAGUUCUGUUGCUUAUUGAGCAUGGAAUCUUUAUAUCUGAAAAGGAUGCCGGCUUGGCUCAGCUAACAGCUAAAACCCUUCUCGACAUGCUUUCGGACAAAGAUUAUAUUGGUGUUGUUGGAUUGACUGGUCAUGGUUCAACGCAUUGUCCAGAUCACCUUCUCAGAGCUACGGACGUUAACAAAAUUCAAUUAACCAGGCACAUUGAUACUAUUAUCCGAUUUGGUUCCAACCAGUCGCUCAAUUUAGACAUUAAAUCCUUGACCACGAAUUUGACUGGUGAAAUAAUAUUGAUACAUUUGACAAACACAUUGAAGGAUAUCUCAAACAUCAAGCAUGUCCGCAGUAUCAUUUCCACAGAACAGCUAAUUCCAUACUUAUGCACAAUUUUAAUUUUGUCAGAUUUAAAGCUCAAAUUAGACAUUAAGGAAGUCGCGGGUAACGAGACAAUUGUGACACUGCCUACCCAAAAUGUUCUGAGUUUUGAACUAGCUAAGUUAUUCUCAGGAACAAAAUGUACUGAACCCAACACAAGCAAUUAUUACUUAUCUGAUCCAUACUACGAACCUCGUAGCAAAUCAAUGUGCAUAUCUAUGGGGCAAAUAACGAAAACAGCCCUCCUUACCUUGGAAAUAAAGUUGAAGGACUUUGUUGAAGAUAUAACGUACUUCGACGGAGGUCCAAAAACGUACGCCAUACUUUUUGAUAAAAGACGAAAUGUUUGGAUGCAUAAAAGUUUUCCUAGACCUGAAGUCAUGACUGAGCAGCCCUUGAAAGUUUCACUCAAAAAUAUUGAAAACAUUGAUGAAAAUUCUACAUUGAAAAUGAUUAACGAACUAUCAGAAGGUGAUGCUAAUUUCACCACCAUUUUAGGUCGAACGAAACAAUUCAGAUGGAAGCAUCUGGCAUACGGAGAUUUGAUUAUAUGCAUUGUGUCGGAAGGAGUGCAGGAGUCAUUAUCACUCAUUAAGACGACAGGUUCCUUGCCUCCAGAUCUCCUGCAUCAUCGGCUUGAUUUGCUGUUACAAUCGGUCAUAGAUAAAGAUACUCUGUGUUCCAAUCAUAAUAGAAUAGUGGCUUUGCAUACUGGUGUCGUUUAUCUCUCACCAUGGUGCUUUAAAUCGCCGACCGAGCAGCUGCACCUCCUUGAAACCGAUUCUGCAAUCACAGUUCAGAGUUACAUGGCAUACAUCAAAGACCCUACGAGACUAUUGGUCAAUCGCGUUCUCCACCCAUCUGUCAGGCCUGAUGUUGCCAUGCUAUCUCAAAUUUUGAGUCACUUUCAACAACGUCAUUUGCACAGCACAUUGAACAAGUUCAUCAUCCGAAGGUAUAUCGUCGCGGUAGUCAGUGGGGUGAUGGAAGUUUAUCCAGGAACAGUACUGGAUACUGGUUUGGAUCCAAAGAGGAGAUCGUGGUACGGAAAGGCAUUGGAGCAUCCAGGGAAAGUAACCCUAACAUCGCCAUACCUGGAUGCAGGAGGUGCUGGUUAUGUUGUGACGCUCUCUCACACGAUAUUUGAGGGUCGUUCAGCUGCCCUUCAUUCCAGCAACGAUCCUGUCUUGGCAGUGGUAUCGAUGGAUGUAACGAUGGGAUAUUUUGCAAGACUAUUACUAGAAAUGUUUUCAUUUUGCGGUGACAUUAAGGUGAAGUGUUUUCUGAUGGAUGACAAAGGGUACCUAAUAUCUCACCCGGCGCUAUUUGAGGCCCAAAACAAAGUAGAGCAACAGCAUUUAACCCACGUGGAACCUGUUGUUGCCAACGAUAUACUUAACCAUGAAUUUUUCGUGGAGAAAAAACUCUGUGCCAGCCACCUUGAUGGCACUAUACAGAGAUAUUACCAAUUCAAUACCUCCCUUGAGGAAGUGCUGACCAACAUCGUUCAUGGGGAACAUUGUGUCAAGUAUCAGGUUGCUGUAGUGCCUGGAACCAACAUUUUCCUUGGUCUUGUCAAUGCUACCUGUAAUGUACUAUCAGCUUUUUGUCCCUGCAGUACAAUGGAUAGACUUUGUUUGAACUGCAAAAGGAUGGAGCAAACCGAUUGUGAAUGCCCAUGUGAAUGCCCAUUGUAUUCAGAGAGCUGCGGUCAGUCCGAUAACAAUGAACUUGAAGCUUGCCAUGCUCUUUACGAGCACGGACCAAGCCUACAGCCAUCUUGGACGUAUCCUGCAACUUUAAAAAAGUGCCCAUCAUUUGAUUGUAAAUCCUUCGAGAAUGCAAGGGAAUGUCUUGGAGUUACAGGAUGCCAAUGGUGCCACAUGGACAGUGAUGCAGAAACUCCACUUUCCACACCAUACUGCUCUGAACAGACUUUAUGCUUUAAGGGAAUAUUCGGCUCUUUGACACCCUACGGUGAUGGGAUUUAUCAUUCUCAUUCGGCGGACGAGAUGGGGGUUCGCGAAUGGCCGUCAGUGGGACCGGUAGCAGGCGGUAUUUUAACGCUACUGCUCGUUCUGGGAAUAAUGUUGUACUGUUACCGCCUUAGGUCAGUGCAAUCCGGGUUGGAGCAUCAAUGUCUCCAUAUGCACGCUUCUCCAGAAACCCUGAGAAUGUCGCACUUGGAAGGCGAUGUAGAACCAAUGGAAAUUGACCAGGCAAAAAGCAACCUAAACUCUCUUCUGCGUGAUGGAGUGGCUCCUAUAUCGCCGUAUCGAGUUUCAACGAAUUAUCGAAGACCUCCGGGCGGCGACAGCGACCAUGGCUACAGCACCAUGACGCCACACGACGACUCCGAACAACAAACGUUCGCCGAACCGUUGCUGGUCGUCGGCGGAAGCAGCGAGCCCGAGCUCCAAAAACAGUCCGUGAGGCCUCCUUCACCGACAACACGGCUGGGGUCGCCCCAUCACGUCUUAGCGCCGGUUACAGUCCAUCGGAACAUGGAAACAAACUACUGUUAGCCAUCGAUCUUUUGAGAAAAUGUGCCUAGAUGCCACCGAUUGAAUUCUUAAAUUGGUUAAGUAGACGCUAUUUACUUUACUUAUCCGUUUAUUCCCAAUUUUAGUAAGCCCACUAAUUUGAUUCACUUAUCUGUUAAUUUGAGGUGUAGGUAAAGAUGUAGCUUUUUCCUGAAGAAGUACGUACGUAUGUACGUACGAGUAGACGGCUGAAAAAAUUCGUUCAAUUCGAUUCAAGACUGUUUUAUUCGGAAGUAUGUAGACUGAGCUUCAGUGGCGUUUUCUUUUGUUUUUUUUUUUUUAAUAUUUAUUAAAAUGAAUUAAUUCCAAUUAAAAAAGAUGUCAAUGAAGCUCAAAUUAUAUAGUUUCGAAUAAAACAAAGCCCAAUUAAAUUCACUGAUUGUUGAGACAUAAAUUCCCAAAAUUCACCCACCUUUUUAACCGUUCACUCGUUUGUACCAACUUAAGGAAUAUUAAGUUAUAAGUUAUACAAGGUGAGCAGCUAUAUUUUUGUAGGUAUUGUAGCUGUUUAACUAAUUUACUGUGUUCGCUAUCGCAUACCACAUACCUUUGAACAAAUUAUGCCCACUAUCUUUUGUAAUUUCGUCUAACCGUAGCAACCUCAAUCCUUAUUUAGUAAAUAGUAAAAUCUGCCAGUGAUUAUGAUUUUGAUAAACAGAAUUUGCACACUCGGUGAACAUUUAUUUAGUAGGACAUACCACGCGCACAUUUUUUUUGGUUUUGUCUAAUUUUCCGUAAAUUUUUAAGCUCGGAAUUUUAUGUAAUAUAUAUUAUUACGACUUCGCAAGGUGUGUCAUAUGGUCUUGCCAUGUUAAAUUAUAUGGCACCACACAGAAAAUAUUUUUUUAAACGAAACAGAAUGCUGAUUCAAUUUUUAAUUAGUUGUUAUCCAUAUUCAUCUUUGCAAAUUCAUCUUGCCCGAAAUUCCAAACAGUGAUCCUUUGAGCUUUAUUUUUAAAUACAGUAUUUUUCCAAAUUUUGAACCAUUGCCGAAAACUUAUUAGAUACUUGGCAAUAAUUCAAAACUUAGGAAUUGUUUAUUUAAAUUUUUUUCAAAUUAAACUUCUAUAUAUUAGCAAUAAGAUUAAAAAAGUACUGAACCGCAAUUCUAGUAUUAGAUUGAGUUAUCAAAAACUGAAUGCAGGUUCUGCCUAAUGCGAAGUUACAGUUUCCUGUGAUUCUCCCAUUAGUUUGAAAUUGCCAAAAUGUACAAAUCUUAUUUCUAUUCAAGUUACAACAAAAUGUAACUAAUUACAGUAUAUUAAACCGGUGCAAGCUAAUAGAAAUAACGAUAACCCUACAGACUGAAAUCUGAAUUGAGUAGCUUUCCUACAUUUGAGAUAUAAAUUUAAUACUAUUUAUUAUUGUAUUUACACUAGAUAUGAAGUAUAAUUUUUACUUUUAUACAAACAUAUACGCACAAGAUGUAUAAUGGGAAGUAUCUAUUUUAAUAAGAUGCAUAAAUAUAUGUAAGAGAAUUACAAUGUUUCAUUUAUAGGAACAGGUUUUGUUCCUAACAAUUUACUCGUUCGAUUCCAACAACUGUGGUUGGUGGACUUAUAAUACUGAAUAUUAUUUGGAUUGUAUUACGUUUUAUACUUCGAGAAUAGUUGAUAAUUUAUUCUUGUGGCAUGUAUCUUGCCAAUGUUUACUGCCUAACAUCAUAACGUAUGUAGUUAUUAUGCUUAGUUAUUUGUUUUAAUUAUGAUAUAGUAAAGUAAUGUAUCUUCUAAGAAUGAAUUAAUUGUGCAACGUGAUCCUCCGAUUAUGACAAAUUUACUGCAUAAUUGAAGUACCUACAUCGUUCUUGUAUGUUAAACCGUAUAUAUUUUCGUUAUUAAAACCAUUUUACACUGACA